AUGCAGUUCUGUUUCAUCUGUGGCGUGGAAUGUCACCGUGAUAGCGAUCACUGGAAGGUUGGGAACCCAUGUCCUAAGUGGAAUCCGCCGAAUGCCACCAACGCCCAUACUGAUCCACCACCAGAUAUUGAACUGGUUGACCUGAUCAUCGCGCGGGGUAACGCUCAUCUAGAUGCAGGCGGUACGAUCGAUGUUCCUUUCUACCAAGAUGUUGUCGACGAAAUACUCGAUCUUGGAGCAGACAUACAUAUGCCACCAAUACGACCAAGAGACGAAGCUGGUGCGCCAAUGACUGGGUAUCAGCGGAUGAUAUGGCUUGCUUCGACGAUGCUCAACGUCCGCAAUACUCUUAUGCCACUCAACGAUACUGAUACUAUUCCUACGGGGCAUCACAGGGCUCAGAUCGUUGCAUUAUUCGUAUACACCAGCGAUAUGCUACGGAGGACCAUUACAGAGGUGAACCUUCACCCCUUUGAAAGGCCAUUGCUUCACUCGCUCUGGCAACUGCGGGAUCAGCUCAGUUAUCAGGCACGAGAUUGGGUGAUAGAGGAGUGUGGCCCCAUCCUGUUGAGUUCCCUCCUGCCAGAUCUUGAAUCGCAGAUUCAAGAAUGGAUCGAAGACAAUGGCAUCAACAAGGACGGCCCCGUCCACCGGAACAUUCUUACGACCGCCCAUCAGCUGCGGAAAGUCCGGAAAAUGUGGGUGUGGCUCAAGACACCGGGUAUGACUCCCGACGCUGCAUCAUUGGCCAACAUGAAAGAAGAUUGGCUCAGUGCGAGAGACUGGCUCGAAACGAUGCUCGCCGAUGUUCCCGAACCGAGGAUUCAUGAGAUCCACCUCUUGGCCGUGCUGGUGAGACGUUUCCGCACCGUCCCAGUGGGCUGGCUGAUGAAUUCGAUGGGCCUUAUUUCACGCCAAGCGGUCGUUGACGAGGCCUGGAUCGAUACCGACGCAGCAACCAUCGCGUCGGAGAUUGCACCCCAGUUCUUGGACUGGAUGAACGCAAACUACGUCGGCGACAACCGCCCUGCCUAUUCACACAUGCUCUCGGCCAUUGAAGCGAUGCACAUUGUCACACGCAAUUGGGACUAUCUUGAGUCUGACACAGUCGAUCCUUCCGAAGAACUGCUAGCGGAUGUACACGCGGAUUUUCUCUUCGCACGACGUCUUCUAGCCCAAUUCCAGGCAGAUUUUCCUGACGAAAACCUUGAGAUAAUUUCAAUAAGGCUUGGUGAGAUCUACCAGAGAUUUGAUAAUGGCCCUGCAGGUUGGAUCCGGUUGCGGUCGGGGGCUCUCAGGCGUCGAAAGGAAGACGAGAUGGAUGUCGAAAAUGACGUACUGCUGGAGUGA